AGGAUAACAAAGUAUACUGUUUAGAUAUAGAACUACAGCAUAGGUGCAUUGUAAUUUCAAGUAGCUCUUCAUGAAAUAUAGAAACAGAAAUUAAAAACAAAAGUGAAAUGUGGCUGUGGCUGCCUAUUUUUGUAGUGUUAUUUCUGCAUAUACAAUGUGAGCCAACAGAACUUAGCCACACUACACUCGAUGAGUCACAUGAUGACCUUGAAACGAAUACUACAGAAAAGAUUUUUAGUGGUGACUCUGAAGAGAUUGUAAAUAAACCAACAAAUCCAGGAAAAGUUACAAUCAUAGAUGAAAUUUAUUUUAUAGAAGAAAAUAAAACUAAGAUACAGAAUGAAACGACAGCAGAUGGUCACAACAUUUCUAAUAAAGAUAACCUUAAAGACGGUGCUGUUGAUGACAAGAUGAAGAAAGUUCACGAAAAUGAUGACAAACUAAAGAGUGAUAAUAAAAAUGUAGAAGAUAAAAGUUUGACAAUAUUGGAAAACAAAACAAUUUUUGUUAAUACAACAACUUCAUUAACUUCAUCUUCAUCAUCAUUUUCAACUUCAUCUUCAACUUCCUCAUUUUCAACCUCAACUUCAACAACAGAGUCUUCUGUUUCUAUUACCACUUCUGAAACAACUUCAUUUGAGGAAGAAAAUAAUAAUUAUGAUCUAAUAUUUAAAGGAUUUAAUUGGAAUUAUUUGUUUUAUUUAUUUUUACUUGUUCCUGCUACAGGAAUUCCUAUUGGAUUGUAUUAUUAUUGUAAAAAAAGAAAGAAAAAAAAUCAUAAUAAUGAAAAGAGAAGCCUCGGUAAGAACAGAAGAUUUUCGACACCGUCUUGGGUUUUUAGUGAGCCUGAUUUUAUUGACGAAGAAGUUAUAACCCUAGAAGAAGAGAAAAAUAAAUAAUAUGUAAAUAAAUAAAUGUGAAUCUUUUUUCUUAGUUUUUUAAUAAAUAUUUUUUUUUUAA